GACCUUUGAGGUCCCAAGCAGCCAACCGCUUUCCCUUCCUAAUUUUCUGGCAUGAAAACGAGCACUUCGCCCGCCUGCUGAACGGCUGCCUCGCCGACAGUGGACCACAAUGACUGCUCCUCCUUUUCCGGCUGUCAAUAGCUUCCGUCCGCUCCCUAAUCCUCGUCUCCUUCCUUCCGCCGUCGUUCCAGUUGCUUCCUCUUUCCGGUGUAAGGAUGUGACUCUGAGGAGAGGCAGCAGAAUCUCCCUGACAAAGAAGCACUCUGUGCUUGCUUGCAAAUCGAACUUGCAAGCCAAUCUCAUAUUUUCAAGCAAAAGGAGUUCACAGGGAACUCAUCAGGAGCUUCAUUGCUUGUUCUCUUCUGGAACAAGAUUCCACCAAUGUGGUCUAUCACAUAUAAAUACCAUGUUACAUGGACAGCAUGGAAGAUCUCUUAUAUCUCCAAUGGCAUUUUACCAGGGUGAGUAUUUCAAAUUUAGGUACCCUGUAAUAACCAAGAAGCCAGAAUGGUGGUGGAGGACUUUGGCAUGUCUCCCUUAUUUGAUAGCCUUGCAGAUUUCUGAUACGGGAUAUUUUCUCCAACCCUUCCUACGACAGCAUGAGAUUUUGGAAGAUUUGAUUUUCUACAUCCCAGGAGCCAUUAAAAGAUGGCCACCUUGGUUCACAAUGAUAUAUUACUACUUUGGUUAUGCUGCAAUUGUGAAGAACAAAGAUUGGCCUCACUACUUUAGGUUCCACCUGAUGAUGGGCAUGUUACUGGAAACAGCUUUGCAGUUAGCUUCAUACACAUUCAAUUUUUUCCCACUUAUACACUACAAUGGCAUGUUUGGGAUGCAGUUCUGGACAGGCAUUGGAUUUAUCAACAUUUUGACCUUGUUAGUUUGUAUGGGGUAUGCUCUUGGUGGCAAUUAUGCUCCGAUCCCUUUUAUCAGUGAUGCAGCAUAUAUACAUACUCUUUAAUAUAGGAAGCUUCCAAAGGCCCUUCUAGGGAGUAGGAUAUUGUAUUUCUCUACAUUCCAAAAGACGGUUACUCUACAUUUCAAAAGACAGUUACUUGUGACUGGCUCAAAACAGAGCAAUUAGGCAGAAGGUUAUAGGGUUUCUAUACUUCCAUUGUUUUCGCCAUUUUGACAGAAUAAAAGAAAAUUAAAUCU